GCUGUCGAUAUGGAAAAGGUUAUAAAAAGGACAAUCAUCUUUCUUCCCCCUCCUUCCACCAAAACUCAUCUCUAAAAACACGCAUUCGGAUAGUGUUUUUUAUUUUAUUAUUCUUCUAGCUAGGAUUUGAGUUUUGUUUAUUUUAAUUGCCAUAAAGUCGAUCGUCAGAUUUACUUUCAUUGUCGAAUCGAUUGUCCUUGAUAGUUUAAUUCCACCUACUUUUAAAAACAAUGGCUCCUGCAUACCGCGUUCAAGACAAGAAGCUUCAUCGUGCCGCUGGCGACACUGAGAAGCACUAUGAGCGCAAAUCCCAGGUCGACCCAACCUUGCAAAAGGAUUUCGUACGGACCAAGCUCGAUGCAGCUCGUGCCAUUUUGACCGAACUCGCUUCAAGACCCAAUGCCAACCGCAUCAAGACAGGCAGUGCCGAAGAUCUUGUUCCCAAAAAGCCUUGCUACCAGCUCUGUCGUAGCACUCUGCAUCAGCUGCCCGCCACGGUCAAGCGCCCCGCUUACAACCCGGCUACUGUGACGCCCGGUAUCCUCCACAUUGGUACCGGAAACUUUGCCCUUGCUCACAUGGCAUCGUACGUCAACGACAUGCUCGAGCACGACCAGCGAUGGGGUAUUGUCGCCACAUCCAUCCGAAGCAACAAGACCAUCUCUGCUCUUCGCAAGCAAGACGGCAUGUACGUCCUCGUCGUCCGUGAGAACCAGAACCGCAGCUCCUCGGUACUCGCUCCCGUGGUAGACACCAUGUUUGGUCCAAAAGAUCCUCGUGCUCUCAUUAGUAGAAUGGGCGAGGAAAACAUCAAGAUGGUUACCGUCACAGUCACCAACAAGGGAUACUACCUUGCCGAAGGCGGCAAACUCGAUGUGUUGCAUCCCGACAUUAUUCACGACUUGGCACAACCCGACCGACCCAAAUCUAUUUACGGUUACCUUGCAGCCGGUCUCAGACUUCGUGCCCAGACCAUCAAGACUCCCAUGACGAUCAUGUCUCUCGACAAUAUCGAGCAAAACAGUAGCACGAUGAAAAAAGUGUUUGUCGAGUUUCUCAAGCUUGUCGACCCUGAGCUGGUCUCUUGGGUUGACGACAAUGUCGACUUUCCCGUUACGCUCGUCGACCGCAUCACACCCGAGCCUACCGAGGCGUUCCGCAAGGACGCACACAAGGAAAUGGGAUUCGACUCGACUCUGACCAUUGGUUGCGAAUCCUUCCGCCAACUGGUUGUUGAGCGCGGACGAUUCCCCGAGACGACUCCCGGCUGGGAAAAGGUUGGCGUGCAAGUUGUCGAUUCUUGCGCCGAGUACUGGCAGCGUAAAUUCUACUGCCUUAAUGCUGGUCAUCUCAUCGUUGCUACCUGCGGCCACCGGCUUGGCUGCAAGUACAUUCACGACACAAUGCACAAGCCAACCAUUGCUCGACUCCUCACCAAGGCACAAAACGAAUGGUGCACCUUCCUCAGCGGCAAGCCUGCUGAACUCAAAAAGUACACGGAAUGCAUCCGAAACCGGUUUUCAGAUGCUAGUCUCAACGACACUGUUCGCCGCGUCGGUGCCCGAGCAACCAGCAAAAUCUCUGACCGAUUGUUGUCUUCGGUCGAGCGCGCCAUGGCCGCCACUGGCAACAAAACUGACGUGAUUCGCGUGCCUGCCUUCACCAUGGCUGUCUGGCUCCUCAACCUUUCUCGGACCAACGAAUCGGGCGUCCAAUUUGAAGCCGAUGACGCCGAGUAUCACAAGGUUCACCCCAUUUACACGACCGCCAUGGGUCACCUCGUUGCUUGCCCCAAAGAAGCCACCCACCUCCCCAUGGAUGCUACACGCGGCCUCCUCCGCUCCCUCGCAUCGACGCUCAAUGAACAGCGCUUCAACCGCCUCGCAGACGUGGACGCCUUUGUCCGCACAUUUUCCUGGUCGCUGUUUGCCAUUCACCGCAUGGGACUCGAGGCUGCUAUUGAGACCUUGUUGGAGGCGACGCCUGCAUUACCGGCGAGUGUCAAACGCGUCGCCAGCACAGAAGCCAAGAGGGAAAUGUGGAAAAAGGUUCACAUUGGGGGAAAGGUCAAGAUUGUUCGAGAGUUGACCGUUUAAAAUGGACCGACAUUGAACGAACCGCUUAAUACCCAUCUGUGGCGGUUUCUUUGACAUUUGCCGUUUAUUCUUGCAUUGAUUGCGAAUAUCUUUUUUUGCUUGUUUCUUGUAUUAUAACUUUAUAUUUCUUGUUAAUAAAUUAUUGUUUGAAAAAGA